CCUCACCAUAAUGCAAGUUUGAAGAACGAAUACAGUCUCCCAGCAAUAAAGACAGUAUCUCAGCUGAAACACUCUCCAGCACAAGGACAUUACUCCUUUCUCUCACCAAGAAGAAAAUGAAAAACAAGACAAGUGCUCUUCCCAGAGAAGAAGUCCAGCCUUCCAGGUGUCCAGAUAACAGUGCAUUCAAACAGCAGAGGCUGCCAGCUUGGAAGCCCCAGCUCACCAUUGCAUCUGUGCUCUCCAGCUUCUUUCUGACAGGGGCAUUCUGCCUCACUGUGGGAGUCUGCCUUGUCCUGUCUGCAAACAGAGUCAGAGAAAUACAGAUAGAUUAUUCAGAUAAAUGCUCAGAUUGUUCAAAGCUCCGUGAAAAUUCCUCUAACUGGAAUAAGGAAUGCCACUGUUCUAUUAAUUUCACACUAAAGGAAGAUAUAUUGGGUGAUGUUUUUAUGUACUAUGGUCUGCAAAACUUCUAUCAAAACCACCGUCGAUAUGUGAUAUCAAGAAGUGACGCGCAACUGUUGGGCCGAAGUGUAAAUAUCCAGAGGAGCUACUGCGCGCCCUUCAGCACCUACAGGAACGGGACCCCGAUGGCGCCGUGCGGGGCCAUUGCCAACAGCAUGUUCAAUGAUACUAUUGAUCUGUUUUACAAUUAUAACUCAUCUGUGAUUCAAGUGCCACUGCUGAAGACUGGAAACAGUUGGUGGACAGAUAAAAAUGUGAAAUUUCGCAAUCCUGAAUCAUACAAUCUCUCUUCUGCAUUUGCAGGGACAGCCAGACCUCCUUACUGGCAGAAACCAGUGUAUCUGUUAGACGAGGAAGAUGAGAGGAACAAUGGUUAUGUGAACGAUGACUUCAUUAUCUGGAUGCGAGUGUCGGCCUUUGCAACGUUCAGGAAUCUCUACCGGCGUGUCAGACGGGUUCAGCACUUCACAGAGGGCCUGCCAGCAGGGAAUUACACCUUCCAUAUUUCCUACAAUUUCCCUGUUACCAUGUUCAAGGGGAGGAAGCAUGUGAUUCUUUCAACUGUGGUGUGGAGCGGCGGAAGUAACCCAUUCCUGGGAAUUGCCUACCUGGUUUCUGGCACAGCAGCAACCCUGACAGGUUUUGUCAUAACUGGCAUCCACUUAAAGCUCAGGAAAAAGAAAACAUACUUUCAGAAGCAAUAAGGUUCACCUUUCUGAACAAAGACAGAAGUGUGCAGUGAACAAAGAAGGUGCAGCAUAGACCUUCCAGUCUUUCCCCUGAGCUCUGGACCAUUUUCAGUGUCAGGUUUGGUGAAUGCAAGCAAACUGAGGGGCAGGGCUAGUCCAUCAUCUGAAACCAAACUUACCUGUGGUGCCAUUCUCAUUAAUGUACCUGUGAGCCUAAAUUUGUUUCCUAGGAAACUUGUAGUGAGAUGAGCUUCAAACAGCAGAUAGCACAGCAGAUUAGGAUUGCAAUGGCAAAGAAAUUAUGUGGUACCAAUGUCUGGCCAGAAGUCAGGGUCCAUAUUAAUUUCUUACUCAGCCCAUAAUUCAGACAACAUUUCUCUUAACUGGAAUGGAGCUUUGGAUGGGUAAAACAAGAAGUCUUGAUCCAACAAAAAGCUUGAGUAGGUAGACCUUAUUGCUAAAAUCUGCUUGUGGGCCACAUACAUGUGCUUAAUGGCUCGGCUUGGGUUUUAUAUACCUUUUUCAGCUAUGCUGAAAAAGCAACCAGUUUAAAUCAGUGCAUUCACUCCAGUUUGACACCUGAUUUGUGGUUGACUACAGGGCAUUUAUCAGGAGU